GCAAAAAAUGUCUUUGCUAAACCGCUUAGCACUUGCGCUCCUUGUGAGCUGCUUCUCCUUCCACCUGAUCUCGGUUCCUUCCCUAGCUUACUCUGAUGAGUUCCACCAAUGCCUAACAGAGAUGAUACCAAGUGAGCUCGUCUACGGGCAGAGCUCGUCCAACUUCACCGACGUGCUGGCCUCCUCAAUCAAGAACCCCAAGUUCUUCACCAACACCACGGUGAGGCCGGUCUGCAUCGUGACGCCGACAAACUCAUGGCACGUCCAGGCCGCCGUGUUCUGCGGCCGCUGGCAUGGCGUGCGCCUCCGCGUGCGCAGCGGCGGCCACGACUACGAGGGCCUGUCGUACCGGUCGUGCCAGCCCGAGGUGUUUGGGGUUGUCGACCUCAGCAACCUCCGCUCCAUAAGCGUCAACCAGGGGGACUCCACGGCUUGGGUUGACUCCGGCGCGACAAUCGGGGAGCUGUACUACCACAUCGCGAAGAACAACUCCCAGGUCGCAUUCCCGGCCGGGGAGUGCCCGAGCAUCGGAGUGGGCGGCCACUUCAGCGGUGGGGGCAUCGGCAUGCUGAUGCGCAAGUAUGGCCUCUCCGUCGACAAGAUCGUCGACGCCAAGGUGGUAACCGCCAACGGGGAACUCCUCGACAGGGCCAGCAUGGGGGAGGACCUCUUCUGGGCCAUCCGAGGCGGCGGUGGCGGGAACUUCGGUAUCGUGCUCUCAUGGAAGAUCCAGCUCGUGCGCGUCCCACCACAGGUGGCCGUGUUCAGCAUCCCAAAGACGCUCGAGGAAGGCGCCAUAGAACUCCUCACCAAAUGGCAAUAUAUCGGGCCAUCACUCCCCAACGACCUAACCAUAAGGGCGAAAGUGCAAGGGCAGCAAGCCGUUUUCCUGGCCGUGUACCUUGGCACGUGCAGCUCGCUGGUGCCGAUGAUGGACCGCCUGUUCCCGGAGCUCAACAUGACGAGCGCCGACUGCCGGUCGAUGACCUGGCUCGAGUCCGUGGCCUUGUCCUACGGCAGCCUGGCAAAGACCGGCACACUCGAGGAGGUGCUCCUGGCCAGGGGCAGCAGCCUGAGCUACUACACCAAAAUCAAAUCCGACUACGUCCAGCGCCCCAUCGCCAGCUGCUCCUGGAAGAACAUCUUCGCCUGGUUCAAGAAGGACGGCGCCGGGUACAUCAUGCUGGAGCCCCACGGCGGGUUCAUGCGCACCGUAUCCGCCGCCGCCACGCCCUACCCUCACCGGAAGGGCGUGCUCUACGUAAUCCAGUACAUCACCUUCUGGCAGGGUGACGGCGGCAAGGCUCCGACGAGCUGGCUGGCCAGCUUCUACGACUUCAUGGGGAGCUACGUCAGCCAGAACCCGAGGCAGGCAUACGUCAACUUCCGGGACCUGGACAUCGGCCAGAACACGGUGGGGAGCGAGAACGACGUCAGCUCGUUCGAAAGCGGCCAGGUUUGGGGCGAGCGCUACUUCAUGGGCAACUACCGUAGGCUCGCGGCGGUGAAGGCGGCCGUGGAUCCGAACGACUACUUCAGAAACGAGCAGAGCAUCCCUCCACUGCGCCAAACCCUCGAGUGAGCAGAGUUGCAUGAGAGUGAGUCCAUCAACUAAUUUGAUCGUUUGUGUCGAACUGAUGACAGCUUCUACUGGUGGAGAUCAAUUUACUUUUGUGAACAAACCAUUAUAUAUCAACCUGUAACUUGUAUGAUAAGUUUACUUUCCUCAAA